AUGUCCUUCCCCCACCGUCCCCUCCCCUCCCACCUCCGUUCCUCCUCCGCCGCCAACGCCUCAUCCUCCGCAUCCGGCCAAUCCCCGCUCCUCCUCGCGCGGAUCAACGAGAAGAAAGCCGAAUUAGCAAGCCUGAAGGAGCUGCAGGAUCUCAGCGGCGCGUUGGCGGACCAGAUGGAGACGCUGGAAGAUAAGCUCAGCACCCUGACCGAUGGGACGGAGGCGGUCGCGGCGGUGUUGAGUAAUUGGGGGAAUGUGUUGAGGGCAAUAAGUUUGGCGUCGACGAAAAUACCAAAGCCGAAAGGUGCGGAAGACGAAGUGGUGGCAGAGGAGACGAAAGUCGAUGCGGGACCGCCGCUGCCACAGACGCUGGUACGGAUACCAGUUGACCAGGCUGCAGCAUUGGAAUCACAGCAGGGAUCUGGUGAUUGA